AUGCCUUGUAAUGCGGAUAGUAUUGUAAAAAUUAAGGUUACCAAAGAGACUAUAAAGGAAAAGUUGUUAGUAGUAUGGGCCAUUGGCGUCUAUCUUGUUGGAAUCGAAGAUUGUGAAAUUGAAUUAAUUUUGUUUGUACCAGUUAAAACAGAGGAAAGAGAUCCAGCAAUGCAAGCAAUUUUUGAGAGAGACGAAUAUUUUUCUGUUGGAGGCAAAAUCGUACCUGAUUAUUAUAAUAAAAAUUUUAGACCAAGGAUGACGGUUUCAACAUCGACUUAUCUUAAGAUACUUAGUAAGGUCCUAGCAUCAAACAAGUGUCCUCUAAAAGUUUCUUUGGUUGGAAUUAUCGAAGAGGUUCCCGAAUUUAAAAAUAAUGAAGAUGCUGUUAUCAAAGUUUUGGGGUUGGUCAGUCUUAUUUGUCCAAGAGAAUCAAUAAUUUUUGUUGUUGGUCAGAUGGAAAUCAUAGAAAAUGUUCUGUAUGUUUUUGGCCAAGAAGUUAAUUGGGUUGAUACUCGAUUUAAUUCUAAGAAAAAAGAAUAUAAUAUUAACAAUGAACAAAUUUCAUUGUUAACAACAAAUUCAGCUAGAUCCAAGCUUCUAUCUGUUCAUCAGAGUAUUUUUAAAGAAGUUGAAGCAGAAGAAAGAUCUAAGCGCAUUAAAGUUGAAAAUAUAAAUGGAAUUGUUGAAGAUGUAGAUGGAACUGUUGAAGAUAUAGAUGGAACUGUUAAAGACAUGUUUGUAGGUAAAAAUGAUGAUGAUUCUAACAUUGAUGAUAAUAUUAGCAUUGAUGAUGGGUUGAAAAAUGGAAUUGAUAUUGAUGAAAAGAAUGAGGUUAAGAACAAAAGCAAUAAAAAUAAAAAAAAUUCGGGAGGUAGCUGCAAAAAGGAAAUAGCACAGGCAGAAUUUUCAUUAAGAUUAAUAGGAAUUUUCAGUUAUGAAUGUGCUGUUCAACCUCCUUUAAGAAGUAGAGCAGCAAUACCCAAAGAAGCAACUGCUAAAGCAAUUAGGCUCUGUUUUCAUACUCAUGCAAGAAGAACAGAAUAUAAGAAUGUUUUCCUAGAGCCACCGGGACCAUCAAUGAAGAAACAUUUAUUGUAUUUAUCAACAAUGGCUUCAAUAACUGCAGAAAAUAUUUUAUACUAG